AUGGAGGAAUUGAAUUCCCUUUCAUUUGAAAGGUUGCAGUUUGUAUCAGACUACUAUAAGCUUGUUAUUCAACUGGAAAACUAUCUGAGUUCGGCGAGAAGUGAUAUUUCGAAAGCAAGAACCCUUCAAGGAGUUGCUCUUUCGUCUAUCUUCAGUAUUGACGUUCAAUCUCCAGAAGCAAUUACUAGAGCCGCGUUCAAUGAUGGGAAAUUCACGCUCGUAGACGGUGUGGAGGCGAGUAGUGGAGACGAAAGUGAAUCUAAGGUCCGCAAACGUAAAGAAGAUGAGGCUCCGAAAAAGGAACAAGAGGAUGAUAAGCCAAAAGUGAAGCAUAUUCCUAACUUCCGACCGUUCGGUGUUUUCGAGCCGCUAUGUGCCAAGGAAGCCCGAAAGACGAUGCACUCCGCUCUCGAGAUUGUUUGUGAGCUUGCCACAUUACAAUGUGAAAUCAAACGAAUUGACUCAAGAAUGUUAUCAAUCAAGGAAUCCCUUAAGUUGGAUGGCGAACUUAGUGAAAAAUUGGAGCAUAUACUCAAAGUCUGA